AUGAGAUGCAAGGAUUUGGCACGUACGCAUAGGUCUCCCCUCUCCCCCUCUCCGCUCUCCCCUCCUCCCGCUUGCCCGUCUCGCCUCUUCCCCUCUCCCCCUUCCCCGUCUCGCCUCUUCCCCUCUCCCCCUUCCCCGUCUCGCCUCUUCACCUCUCCCCCUUCCACUCUCAACUCGCCCGCACCCCACACGCGCCAGGCUACAUCUCGCCGUGGACGGGGCGGUUCUACUCGCUGCUGGACCCCACGUACGCCAAGGACAACAUCCCCAUCAUCGUCUCUGUCUCCCUCCGUCUCCCUCCCUCUCCCUCCAUCUCCCUCCGUGCCACUCCCUUCCCUCUCUCCCCUCUCCCCAACUUUCCUUCUCCUGCUGCCCUCCCCACACGCGCCAGGCUACAUCUCGCCGUGGACGGGGCGGUUCUACUCGCUGCUGGACCCCACGUACGCCAAGGACAACAUCCCCAUCAUCGCCUGCUACAUCUCCCCAUGGACGGGGCGGUUCUACUCGCUGCUGGACCCCACGUACGCCAAGGACAACAUCCCCAUCAUCGCGUCCGUGUCGGAGCACCAGCCCACCGCCUGGUCCUCCUUCUUCUUCGACUUCCACAUCCUCCUCAUCCUCUUCCCCGCUGGGCUCUACUUCUGCUUCAAGCGUCUGAACGACGCCUCCAUGUUUGUGAUCAUCUACGGGCUCACAGCCAUGUACUUCGCGGGAGUCAUGGUGCGCCUCAUCCUCGUCGCCACGCCCGCCCUCUGCCUGCUCGGCGCCGUUGCUGUCAGCGCCUCGCUCUCCCGCCUCUCCGUCAUCGCCCGCGAGAAGACCCCCGAGCCUGCUGCUGCUGCUGCUGCUGCACCCAGCUCUGGGAAGCUGUCUGGGAAGGCCAGAGACAAGCUGAAGGGUGCGCAGGACAGCUCGCUGCCGUACCAGAAGGAGGGCGCGGUGGUGCUGAUAGCGGGGAUAUUCUUCUGCCUCAUCAACUUCGCACGGCACUGCACGUGGGUGACGUCAGAGGCGUACUCGUCCCCGUCCAUUGUGCUCAUGGCCCGCCAGCACAACGGCGACCGCGUCAUCUUUGAUGACUUCCGUGAAGCCUACUUCUGGCUCAAGCACAACACCAAGCCCGAUGCCAAGGUGAUGUCAUGGUGGGACUACGGGUAUCAGAUCACGGCGAUGGCGAACCGCACAGUCAUAGUGGACAACAACACGUGGAACAACACUCACAUCGCCACUGUGGGGCGCGCCAUGGCCUCCCAUGAGGAGCAGGCGUAUGGCAUCAUGCAGCAGCUGGACGUUGAUUAUGUGCUCGUGGUGUUCGGAGGUGUCACAGGUUAUUCCUCCGACGAUAUCAACAAGUUCCUGUGGAUGGUGCGCAUCGGAGGGGGUGUGUUUCCGGACAUAAAGGAGCCGGACUAUCUCAACAAUGGGGACUACCGCACGGAUGCCAAUGGCUCACCCAAGAUGCUCAACUGCCUCAUGUACAAGAUGUGCUACUACCGCUUUGGCGAGCUGCAAACGGAAUAUGGCAAGCCAACCGGGUGGGACCGAGCACGAGGGUAUGAGAUAGGCAACAAGGACAUCGAGCUGGAGUACAUUGAGGAGGCGUUCACCUCUUCCAACUGGAUCGUGCGCAUCUACCGUGUCAAGCAGCCCGACAACCGCUGGUAG